AUGUCGAGCCCUGCUCAAGGUCCCUCGCAUGCUCUACCUUCUUCUCCGGCAUACCCAGAGGCGAUUUCGAUCGAUACCGCAAGUGUCUGGUCAGCGACCUCUGCAAGUCGGCACAUUCCUCAUUCUGGGAAGCAUAACGAGCUCCCAUCCCCCCUUUCUGCCUCGUCCCCGGAAAGCAUGGCUACGAACGACGCGGAGGCACCAGAGAGCGCCACCAGUCACUCGAGCCGGAGUUCAGUAUCGCCAUAUGUCGAUCCAGAGCAGGCAUAUAUAUGCCCUGUUGACCCUGCGGGCUUGGAUCCCCCAUCCGAUGCGGGAUAUCCUCGACCCCAAGUAUCGGAUGGACGGUCACGGAGGUUUCGUGGGAUUCCUCACGACAGUGAUCUCAAAUGGUAUGCCGUCAAGGGGGUUUACAUCAGCCCUUUGCGCAUUGGGGUCGUUGUUUCGCGGUCCUACAGGUCCAUCGUAUCCGUGUCUCAUCGGUCGAACUACUCUACUGCCGACCAAGACUCAACCCACACAAGCCCCCCCGUCUUGACGCUGAGGGUGAUAUCCCAAGAUGGAGAAUUUACUGAGUCUGGCGCCAAGGCAGUUCUAGAGAUCCAGGACGCCAUCAGAGACAUGACCCGAGAUCUGGAUCAGCCACUCUCCACCAUCACGGUGGAUAUCAUCCACCCGAGACUCCUACGCCCCAAAAAUAUGUUCCCCGUCGAGCAGGACAAUCUGAUCUUUCCACAGUGGAAGGACGUUCUUGAAAAAGUCCUUGACCUUCGCUCAUGCCCAGAGCUUUCGGCACAGGCCAGACAAAUCUCGACCAUCGGCUGUGUCCGCCGGGGCUGGCAUGAGCAUUCCGACCAAUGCCCGGUUACAAUCCUGAUUACGGUGAAGGGAUCAGUCGCUGCCGACUGGUCAGAAUUUGCGGAAAGGGUGGUGGAGAUCCUCUCUCGAAUGGGGCUGCCAAUGGUUGCGGUCGAGAUUGCACUAGGGGGGUAUAGAACCAUUGAUUACUACGGCGGCAUGGGAUACCGCAUGCGUUCCUCCAGUGUCCAGUCCUGGUUGGGGAGAGUCUUGCGCCAAGUGAUGACGCUACCGGAUCCGGGACACUUGGGGGGCUUUUUAGCGCUCAGCUUCGGAGAUGGCGUAGGCAAGGACGCAAAGUUGGAAGUUUUCGGUGUAACAUGUAGCCAUGUUGCACUUGGGGCAGCGGACACACGGCAUCCACCUGGAAUGACUGAGCAAGAGGAAGGUCCCUGGCGGUUGAAACCAAAAGCUCGGAUCUCGGGUGCAAGCUCUCAGGCGGAAGUCUACACGGUCGCGCACCCAUCGAAGAUAUCUGUAGCCGAGGAAAUCCACAGCUGUACAUCCAACAUACGGCAGUGUGAGGGGGAUCCUGGCUGGACAAGAGCGCAACAGCUCCAGAGGGACGGCAUCAUUCCCCCGCACGACUAUCCCACCAAACCGCGUUCUCUGAUCGCACAGGAAUUCCCAGCUAUGAUGGAUCGGAGUAUGGAAAGGCUGUCUAAGCUGCUACAACAACACUAUACGUCGAUCUGCCUGUUGACUCGUCUACAGUCCUUGAGCGACGCGCCCGACCAUAGCUUUCUAGGCACCGUUUUUGCCUCCUCUGGUGCCUACCUCCUCCCGUGGAUCUCUUCUAGGGAAAUAGCGUCGGCCCUAUACAAUACAAAAGACCAUUGCCUUGGGAUGGACUGGGCGCUCAUCCGUCUGAGUAAGGAGCGUACGAGCGCAUUCCGGCUGGCGAAGAGGAUUGUCGAAGAGCCAUGGGAGAAGUCCGACCAGUCCAAGACGGAUACCAGGAGCCCUCAGGCACGCUCUGACCCAAAGGUAGAGAAGUAUCUAGCUCAAGAAGAAAGGUUUAUCCCAAUGCUCGUGAGCCCGCUGAAGGAUCCCCGCAAGCCCACAGGCACAAGUCACCUGCAGGGAGAUGGACUUCACGAUGGUUCCGAGCAGCGCCCUACAUCAAUGCCCGGCCCGGAGCCCUUCUUGCAGAAUGGCGACAAGAUCACUUACUGGGGAUACCGCUCGGGGCAGAUGGAAGUACGAUACAACAGCCUCAAGGUGGCGCACCUCUUUGAUGCCUUCGACGCCGACGCAAACUUCACCGAGCAACGCCAAACCCUUGAGCAUUGCAUCCUCCCAAUACGACCAGGGGGCCAUUCAACUGGCAGUGGGGAUUCAGGCUCAUUUCUCUACACCCCCCAGGAGGAUCUGGCUGGGAUGAUCUGGGCUGGUGACAACAGCCAAGGUUUUGGGUUCUUUACCCACAUUCAAGAUCUGGCUCGACAUAUUAAGCAGGUGACUGGUUGCAAGGAAGUCUUUGAAGUUGAGAUGCAGGUCGGCAAUUUCGCUUAA